AGGUUCGAAGCCCAACUCACCGCCGUCAAAGAGCGUCUCGAAGCUGCCAAGGCAGGGUCCACUCGCGGUCUUGGAUCCCCAAACUCGGGAGCGUCCUUCGCGUUUGGUGGGGGCGUGGGUUCGCGCAUCGCUAAACCUCUUCGCGGCGGAGGUGGACCCGCGCAAGAAGGGCCUGUGCUACCCAUUAUUGGGAAUUUGCAGAAGCAGGAAGAUGGUGAGCCCAAGGGCAAGCGCACAAGCUGGUUUUUCAACAAGCAGUAG